AUGUCCAGUGCGAUCCCAGAUUCUUCCUCGCCACCGCCAUCGCCGUCCCCAACGCCCAGCGAGUCCUCGUCGUCGCCCGUUUCAUCUCCCGAGCCGUCUUCUCUGUCGUCAACAGCGUCAACAAUGUCUUCUUCUGGCAGUCUCGAAGAAUCAUCGACCGAGCCGACUCCACCGUCGACCACUUCCUCGCCGUCGUCCACAGUGGAUUCCUCGUCUGAGCCCCCAACGUCUAUUCCAGAGACGUCCUCGUCACCACCGUCAACAUCGGCGACCCCUCCUCCCAUGUCGUCGACCGAGGAGCCCCUGCCGCCACCAUCAUCCGACCCACGACCACCGCCCUCGUCCACCGACGACCCACCUCCAAGCUCGAGCGACCCUCCACCACCGUCCUCGUCGUCUACACCACCGCCGCCUCCGUCUUCGUCUUCGACACCUCCUCCGCCGUCUUCAUCCAGUCCUCCGCCACCUCCACCAUCUUCAUCCAGUUCAACGGACCCUCCCCCUAGCAGUAGUCAACCCCCUCCUCCUCCUCCUCCCAGUUCGUCUGAUGAGCCCCCACCGUCCUCCAGCUCCUCUCCAACCACUUCGUCACCCCCUCCAUUUACACCGUCGACCACUCUAUCUACCACUGUCUGGAUCACAACAACAGAUAGUAGAGGCCAGCCAAGCUCAACAGCACCUUCGUUCAUCACAACAAUUGCAACUUCAACCAGUAGCGGUGUCCUUGUUACAGUAACGGAAGUUGUCGCUAAUCCCAAUCCAACUCUGAAUGGCGGCGGCGGCGGCGGAGGGAAAGAAAACGCUUUCUUCUCCAAUACAGGGGCCGUAGCGGGCGUCUUCGUCCUCGUAGGCUUAGCAGCCGCAUCUAUCUUCCUAUGGAUUUUCUUUGCCGUCCGUAGGAGACGCCGAACUCGACGACUGGAACAUGACACGGCUGUUUCUGCUACAUUGGCAGCAGCCGGGUUCCAUCGCGCACCUCUUGAUGAUGACGAUGAUGAUGAUCCUGGUCCCUAUCGGGAUCACCCGAGCUUAAGCAACCAUAAUCACGAACGGGGGAGUAGUAGCAGCUAUCUGGACCCUAAUGGCCACGUACGGAACGGGAGUGGGAGCGUUGGGAUGGGCAGGAGGAGCAGCUCGGCCUUGGCCAUGAGCAUUGCGGGUGGAGCACCGAUGGCGACAGCUGGAUUCGGGCACGAUCCUGAUCCAUUCGCCGCCAAUCCCAGUGGACCCGCGCCUCCGAAUAUGACUGAAGACGCACAGUUCAAUCCGUACGCCGACUACGUCCCUCCACCUAGCGCGUUCCAUAUGGGAGCGUAUCGCGACCGGACGAGCAGUGGAGCGACUAUGGCUGCUGCAACCGUCGCCGCACUAGCAAACGGUCAUGAAAGGGAUAGGAGAGUGAGCGGUGCAAGCGGAGGGAGCAAAUACAACUACGAGCUAGGGGCCAUAGGUGGACAUCAACGUUCGCAGAGUACGAGCUACCAUAGUGCUGGAAGUUACGAGCCUUUACUCGCUGCCUACCGCGAACAGCAGCAACAACAACAACAACAAAGGACCGAACCGAAUCCUCCAAGCAACAGAAGCAGCAACUCCAAUAUGCAACAGAACGGCAAUAACGGUGUCACCACGGGGCUGCAAAGGAAAGACACUCUCCCCCCGCCGCCCUACAGCUCGAAUACGGGUCAUGAAUCAACUUCGAAUGGUCAUGGACAACAACCGUCCUUCCAACCGCCACUCCUGCUCCCUGUAAAUAACGGAGAAGCGAGUGCGAGAAGCUCCGUCUACAGUACCGCUUCAAAUGCGAACGGGGCAAAUAAUCUGGAGCGUCGCAACAGUGCAUUGGACACUCCCUAUACUGGUAUCGCCGCCUCGACGAACGACACUGAAUCCAGAGAUGCUUUCCAAGAUUACUUCUUCGGUGCGAACCGAGACAGUCUCGACGACACUCAAAGCACUGCUACUGCCUCGGCGCCGACAAAUGGACAGAUCCCUCCAGACACCCGAGAUACGCUCGCCACAUCUGCGUUCUUUUCAUCUACGCCGGGUGGUCGCAAUGUCAUCACCCCUCGAGACGGCAUCCUUGACCCGAGCUUACGCGAGCGCAUGAAUUUACUGGAUGACGGCGACCUUAGGGAUGAUGAAGAUUAUUCCCGGAGAAUGUUGAGUCCCUCCACUGGUCUGGGUAUCAAAGGCACCAAGUUGUCUGCAGAAGAUUCAGACACCACCAAAGGGACCGAAAACCCCAAGACUAAAGUGUUGGGUGUAUGCAAUCCAGAUCUGGUUGACUCGGUCGAUUCGGAUCUGGGUAGGCAGAGCUGGACACCUAAGGCGUUGUAG